AUGGAGAUGCAGUUGCAUUUCUUCUCCAUUAAUGCUUUCUUUCUCCUACUACUUGUGCUAUUCUUUCUAGUUAAACAACUCAAGAUACAGAAAAGUUCAGGAAAUGCUCAAAAGUUGCCCCCAAGACCAAAUAAGCUCCCCUUCAUUGGGAAUUUGCACCAAUUGUUAGGUUCACUCCCUCAUCAGUCACUCAAGAAACUGGCAGAUAAAUAUGGACCUUUGAUGCACUUGCAGCUUGGUGAACUUUCAACAAUCAUCGUAUCAUCGCCAAAAUUGGCAAAAGAAGUUCUGCAAACAAAUAGUCUUGCAUUUGCUAAUAGGCCACAGCUUCUUGUGGCUAAGAUAAUUCAAUACAACAACUUGGGUGUUUCUUUUUGUCCAUACGGUGAUUACUGGAGACAAAUGCGACAAAUUUACAUUAUGGAACUCCUUAGCGCGAAAAGCGUACAAUCUUUUUUUAGUAUAAUGGAGGAUGAACUUUCUUAUUUGGUUGGAUCGAUUGAGGCAGAGGAGGGUAGACCCUUUACUUUGAACCAAAAAAUAGUGUCAUAUUUGAACAAAACAAUUUUUAGGGCAACAGUUGGGAGAGUAUGCAAAGACCAAGGGGCAUUAAUUCUGGCAGCCAAAGAGGUAUCAUCACUAGCUGGGAUUUUCAACAUUGCAGAUCUCUUCCCCUCGCUCAAAAUUCUUCAACUUGUCAGUGGAUUGAAGCCAAAAUUGGACAAGCUAUGGAGAAAACUUGAUGUUAUCUUGGAUGAUAUUGUCAAUGACCAUGAAAAGAGCAUGAUCGAUAAGCAGGGUGGAAAUAGUGCGAUGGAGGAGGAAGAUGUAGUGGAUGUUCUUUUAAAGCUGAAGGAGAUCAAUGACUUUCAGUUUCCUGUCACCAAGGACAGCAUCAAGGCUAUUAUUUUUGAAUUGUCUGUAGCAGGAACGGCAACUUCAUCAGUCCUAGUGGAAUGGGCCAUGUCUGAAAUGCUGAAAAAUCCAAGAAUAAUGGCUAAGGCACAAUCUGAAGUAAGGCAAGCCUUCAAGGCAAAGAAAAGAAUUUGUGGGGAUGAUAUCCAGGGUUUAAAGUAUCUAAAAUGGGUGAUAAAGGAAACUCUAAGACUACACCCUCCAGGUCCUCUGUUAGCCCCAAGAGAAUGCAGAGAAGAAUGCACAAUUUCAGGUUACAAUAUACCAAUUAACACAGUAACUAUAGUAAAUGCAUGGGCGAUUGGAAGAGAUCCCGAGUACUGGAAUGAUCCUGAGAAGUUUAAUCCAGAGAGAUUUAGCGAUAAAGCUAUUGAUUUUAGAGGAAACAAUUUCGAGCUCAUACCAUUCGGUGCAGGAAAAAGAAUGUGUCCAGGCAUAUCUUAUGGUGUAACAAAUGUUGAGCUUGUGCUUGCCAAUUUACUCUACCACUUUGACUGGAAACUGCCUCAAGGAAUCAACCCUCAAGACUUAGACAUGACUGAGGUAUUUGGUGCUUCAGCUGGAAGAAAAAAUAACCUGUAUCUGGAUGCAAAAAUCUACAUUCCGUCCAAUGAUCAUUGA